GGUAAACCCAGAAUACAGGAUGUUAGGACCAUCGUCUGCUGGAAAUGAAUAUAUCACGGGUAAGUAGCAACUUUCGUUUCUAUUUUAAUGCUUUUGCAUGCUUUUAAUUGUAUUACUCUUUUAAAUUACAAGUCGCUUUGAGUCCCAGCUUUUGGGGGAAAGCAGGAUAUAAAUAAAUAUAAGAAGAAUCACAGAUUUUGAAGAGACCCCCAAUGGUCAUCUGGUCCAUCCACCUGCCAUACAGGUACAUGCAGUCAAAACACUCUUGACAGAUGACCUCCGAUCCAACCUCUGUUUAAAAACCUCCAAAGAAGGAGACUCCACUAAUCUCCAAAGAAGUGUGUUCCACAGUUGAACAGCUCUUACUGUCAGGAAGUUCCUCCUAAUGUUGAGUUGGAAUCUCUUUUCCUGUAAUGUUUUUAUUUAAUUUUAUUUCUUUUGAGAGUCAUAAAAACAUGUAGUACACAUUCAUCUCCCUGACAAUAAUCUACAAAGACAACAUAUAAAACCAAAGAAUACAUACAUUGUGAAGUCAGAGGCUUUCAUGGCUGGCGUCCAUAGUUUUUUGUGGGUUUUUCGGGCUAUGUGGCCAUGUUCUAGAAGACAUAAAUUAACUAAACUUAAAGAAUAUUAACUGGCAAUCAAUUGUUACUUCGUCAUGCACAGUCUUCUUGGUAUUAAACUCUGGUUAUUCAAGGUUUCCAUAGUAUCUCAUCUUGUAGCUGAUCUUUUUAUUUAUGCAGUUUUCUAAUUCUAGUUUCCUAGUUCAAUCACACUAUAUGUAUUUUCAUUCUAAUACUGAUUUCUAGCUGGACAUCCUAAAACAAUGUUUUUUAAGAUACUCCAUCUCAUUAUUGUCACAGUGGAUCUAACAUCAAUAUAUUUCCCUGUUUUUGUUUUAGAUGUUACACUACUAACUCCCAAUCCUCUGCAAAUUUCUCAAUUUUCUGAUUGCGUACAAGUCUCAUCAAUUUAUUCAUUUCCAUAACAUCUAGUAGCUUUGACAGACAAUCCUCUAAUGAAGGCAUUGUCACAGAUUUCCUUAUUGUUGCAUAGACCUGUCUUGUAGAAUAAAAUUCUAUCAUGUUUUAACCCCAUGAUUGAUCUAAGAUGUUCAGCAAAAAGGUUUCUGGUUUAAAUUCUAUAUUUUCUUGUAGAAUUACAUUUAUUGCAUGGUGUAUUUGGGGUGUCUCUCCCUUUCUGCCUUCAUCACCAACUUUCUUCUCUUCUGGCCUUUUUCUCCAGCGUCCUCCAGCUUUUCCUACUAGAAAUAGAAUAAGAGGGUAAGUUUCUGUCCUUUCCCUGCAUUAACAUUUCUUCCUAGGCUGAGCUUGUCGUUCAUUUAACUCUUGGAGGACAAAGAAAGACUGAAGUGCUUUCAGAUUGUCUUCCAUCUUGGGCAACCCUAUGAGUGAAUGACCUCUAAGAGACCCUGUUGUUAACUGGUUCAAACAGUUCUUGCAAGGUGGCCAGAGGUCCGGGAUAGGCCUGUUGGGUCUCCAAACAAGGAGAGGAGAAUCUCCAUUAGAUUACUUCUCCAUGGAAGAAACUGCUAUAAAGAAGCUCUUGGGACAGGUGACCUUUGAGGAUGUGGCUGUGUAUUUCACAAAGACGGAAUGGAACCUGCUGGAUGAGAACCAAAGAUCUUUGUACUGGGAUGUCAUGAUAGAAAACUACGAGAAUGUGUCCUCCCUUGGACAGCUUGUGAAUCAUACAGGAGAGAAACCACACAAAUGCCAGCAGUGUGGAAAGUGUUUUGCUCAAAGGUCAUACCUGAGGAAGCACUUGAGAGUCCACACAGGAGAGAAACCAUACAAAUGCCAGAAGUGUGGAAAAUGUUUUGCUCAGAGGCCACACCUUGUGUCUCAUAAGAGAGUCCACACAGGAGAAAAACCAUACAUAUGCCAGCAGUGUGGGAAAUGUUUUGCUCACAGGUCAACCUUUGUGAUUCAUGAGAAAAGCCAUACAGACAAUAAAUCAUACAAAUGCGAACAGUGUGGAAAAUGUUUUGCUCAGACAUCAAGCCUUAGGAGACACUUGAGGGUCCACACCGGAGAGAAACCUCAUGAAUGCCAGCAAUGUGGAAAGUCUUUUCUUCACAAGUCACAGCUUGAGAAACACCAGAGAGUCCACACAGGAGAGAAACCUUAUGAAUGCCAGCAGUGUGGAAAGUGUUUUGCUCAAAGACCUCACCUAGGGCAGCACUUGAGAGUCCAUACAGGAGAGAAACCGCACAAAUGCCAGCAGUGUGGGAAAUGUUUUGCUGACAAGUCACACCUUGUCAAGCAUCAGAGAGUCCAUACAGGAGAGAAACCAUACAAAUGCCAGCAGUGUGGAAAAUGUUUUACUCAGAAGUCACAGGUUAAGAUACACCAGAGAGUCCACACAGGAGAGAAACCUUAUGAAUGCCAGCAGUGUGGAAAGUGGUUUACUCGCAAGUCAGUGAUUGUGACUCAUCAGAGAGUCCACACUGGAGAGAGACCAUACAAAUGCCAGGAGUGUGGGAAAUGUUUUGUUCGCAAGUCAGUCCUUGUGAAUCAUCAAAGAGUCCACACAGGCGACGUACCAUACACAUGCCAGAAGUGAGAAAAAUGUUUUGCUUGGAGCCCCUCAUCCAGAGAGUACACACAGGAGAGAAACUCCAUUGAUCAGAAUGGAGACUGCAGUUACGAAAUCAGAAGAAUAGGAAGGGCAGCUAGAACUAGACAACAUCCUAAAGGUACAACUCAAUAUUAAAGUUAGAAUUUUCCAGUCCAUUGUAUUUCCCAUCACCAUGUAUGGACUGCAAGAGCUGGACAGUGAAGAAAGCAGACAGAAAAUUAAUUUAUUUGAGAUGUGAUGCUUGAGAAGAGUGCUGGCGAUACCAUGGACAGCCAA